CCGAAAAUGUGACAGAACUUUGCUUUCUCACGGUCCUCAGGCGCGUCUAAGUCUUGCUAAUUUCUACGUUCGCUCAACUCAAGCAUCAGAGUCCUGGCGAUGGCCUCACUCGCUCAACUACGACCAUCAGUACUCAACGCUGCACGUCAAUCUCUGCAUCGUGCUCGCCUGCACGAAAAUGCAGUUAUCUCAAGACCUGCCUCCUUCGGGACCAGCCUCGCCGAUGACAUGUGGGGAGGUGAAGACUCGCCUGCUCCUCCACUAGACAAGCCUCCAAUGGGCCCAAAUACAUACUACAACCCUUUGACUGCAACAAUGCAGAGGGAACCGAAGAAGGACGUCGCGGAGCGUACAAAGCCUUACCACCUCCACGUUUACACUACACAUAACAAUUGCCGCGUCGUCUUUACCUAUCCGUCCGGCAAGCUUGUCAAGAAUGGAUGGUGGACAAGUGGUUCGUGUGGUUUCAAGGGAGCGAAUAAAAGCAGCUAUGAAGCAGGGUAUCAGUGCGCUGUCCGCGCUUUCAAGCGCGUUGAGGAGGAAAUAACUCGACCAAACUUCAAGGAUGGUGGUGUGUCACCUGUCACGCUUGCGCUGAAGUUUAAAGGGUUCGGGUGGGGGAGGGAAGCGGUCCAGAAGGCGUUCGUGACUUCUGAGGGGGACAAUAUUCGAUCGUCGGUGGUGAUGGUUGAGGACAGGACACCUAUAAAGAUUGGAGGGACGAGGGCAAAGAAGGAUCUCCACGGUAUCUAGUCAAUGGCAAUAUCAUUGAUUCUCGCUCUCCAGUGCAACGCGUAUAUCAGCGCCCACUGGCAAGAGUUUUGUGUUACAAUCGUAGUUCAAACAUUUACUAUGUAACACUCUAAAUACCCUGUGCUUCGCUAGUGAUGUGUUAUGGUCAUAGCACAAUCAUCCCAUUCGAAGCGCAAGGGUCUGCUGACUUGAUUGCGCGCCUAGACCGUGAAGAAGGGGUCUGACAUGUACUUCUCGUACUCUGGCCUCGCCAUUGACUUGAGUGCGACCUUCUUGUCAAAUUCUAUGUCCUCUAUAAGUGCUUCUGUGAGUAGAAAGUCGUUAGUAUGGGUGAAAGCGGUUCAGGGACGGC